GCGGGGCCAGCCGACCGAGGAAGCGGAGCCAUGCGGCCGGCCGGGGGCAAGCGGGCGGCCGAGGCCGAGGCGGGCCAGGGGCCGGCGGCGCAGCGGCUGCGGGGCUCCCCGUCUGCCGCCAAGGGCCAAGGCACCACCGUCGUGCACCGCACGGUCAGCUACACGCCCGAGCCCCUGCCAGCCCGGCACUUUGACACGGACACGACCGAGCCGGUCAGCUUCUACCUGUCCAGCCUGGAGGAGCUGGUGGCGUGGAAGCCCACCCGCGACGAUGACUUCAACGUGGCCGCGACGCCGCUGGCCGCGCGCCAACCUCCGCUGCACAGCAAGAGACCGCGCACGCUGGUGUGCCACGACAUGAAGGGCGGGUACCUGGAGGACAGAUUCAUCCAGGGCUCGGCCACGCGCAGUCCCUACGUGUUUUACCACUGGCAGUACAUCGACAUCUUCGUCUACUUCAGCCACCACGUGGUGACCAUCCCGCCCGUGGGCUGGACCAACGCUGCCCACAGGAACGGCGUCUCCGUGCUGGGGACCUUCAUCACCGAGUGGACGGAAGGCAAGAAGACGUGCGAGUCGUUCCUGGCCGGGCAGGCGGAGGCAUACAGCGCCGUGGCCAAGCAGCUGGCCCGCAUCGCCAGCUUCUACCGCUUCGACGGCUGGCUGGUCAACAUCGAGAAUGAGCUGAGCGAGGCGGCCGUGCGGACGCUGCCCCUCUUCCUGCGGCAGCUGAAGGAGCAGCUGGGGCGGCUGGUGCCGGGCGGGCUGGUGCUCUGGUACGACAGCGUCCUGCGGAGCGGCCAGCUCAAGUGGCAGAACGAGCUGAACGAGGAGAACAGGGUCUUCUUCGACGCCUGCGACGGGCUGUUCACCAACUACAACUGGAAGGAGGAGCACCUGGAGCGGACGCGGGCACAAGCCGGGGAGCGCUGGGCUGAUGUCUACGUGGGCAUCGACAUCUUUGCCCGCGGGGAUGUGGUGGGUGGCGGCUUCGAUACAGACAAGUCCCUGCGCCUGAUCCGCAAGCAUGGCCUCUCUGCUGCCCUCUUCGCGCCCGGCUGGGUCUACGAGCACCUGGGGGCGACGGACUUCCUGCCCAACGAGGACAAGUUCUGGGGGCUGCUGACAGAGCAGCUGUCCACGCACAGCAUCGGCACGCUGCCCUUGCACACCUCCUUCAACCUGGGCAUGGGCACCGGGAGGUUCUCCUCCGGACAGGAGGUGGUGGUCAGCCCCUGGUACAACCUGAGCGCCCAGGAGAUCCAGCCGCUGUUCACAGAGCACCGGGGGCCGGGCGGUGGGCCGCGCACACACUGCUGCCUGCGUGACGCCUGGGAGGGGGGCAGCUCCCUGCUGGUGGCGGGGGCCAUCCCGCCCGACGCUGAGCACGUGGCCGUCCGGCUCUUCUCCUUCCAGACGCCGGCCCCCCCCAAGCUGUUCCUGUCCCUGCUGUACAAGCUGGAGGAGCCGCAGGCCGGGGUCACGGUCGCGCUGGAACUCGCCACCCGGGACUCCGGCUCCUGCCGCGUUGGCGACAUUGAGCCGACCAGGCGGCACCAGCCCCGGCCCCUCCCGGGCCCCCCGCCCGGCCUGUCCACGAUGCUCAGCACCUGCGGAGAACAGAGCACCCAGGGCUGGACGAACCAGUGCUACGAGCUGGAGCUGCAGGACUGCGCCUUGCACGAGCUCUCCCUGGUGCUGGCACACCGCCCGGCCAGCCCACACGAGACCCCCUUCUCCUGCCGCCUCGGCGAGAUCUGGGUGCUGGAUGCGGAUGUGAUCCCAGCCUCCCCACCCCUGGUGCGACACCUUGAGGCCUCCCAGCUGCGAUGGCGCCGGGGUCCCGGGCCGGACGAGCUCUUGCUCAGCCUCACCCUGCGCUGGGCCUACCCGACCAGCUUGGCCCGCGGCUUCCGCAUCCACAACCAGCGGGCCGCAGAGCCGCAGCGGCUGCUGGGGCUGGCAUACGCGCCCCUGUACCGCGCGGUGGACGUGCCGGUGCCCGCGGUGGGUCCGGGACAGUCCGGCACCGUGGUGUUCCUGGUGGAGCCGGUGCUGCCCGAGGGGUUCCCGGUGGAGCCGGCGGCAUGGGGGCACCUGCUGCUGGGGUACUCCAGCCCCUGAGCCAGCCCAGUAAACGUGGCCUUGGAGCA